CGAUAGUUCACGGCGGAAGACAUCACCCAAUCUGCUCUGUUUCGAGUCUUGUUGGAGCCGCGUAUGUUGUGCGGUGACCGGGGACAGUUUGUGGGAGUGAACUGUCGCUGUAUGUUCAGAUCGUCGUAGUUAUAACGUGCUCUUAAUAACCCGUGACUUUUGAGUGUACAGAGUUUAUGUGGUGCAUUUCUUCGUGUCUCGGACUUCCAGCGGGCGGAUUGCCUUGAUCACGCAGAGGGUCCUCUCCACGGCGGCACCCUCUGCUCCGCCUGCCGCCGCCGCCGCCACGGUGUUUAGAAGAUGACCGGGGAGAAGAUCCGCUCCCUGCGCAAGGACCAAAGGCCCAGCAAGGACGAGGAUUUACUGGAGCCCGACGAGGAAGCCGCCACCGGGACUUUCACUGCCUCCAAGACGAAUAACAAGAGCAGAGCGAGUAAAAUCUUCAGCAACCAUAAGUUAAGCAGGUCGUCCUCCACUCAGCAGCAGCCCAACCAGCAGUCACAGAUCAACGCCAACACUACUCCCCUGUCCACGGCCGAUGUCAUAGACGACAACAACAAGAAUCCCGUUAUCCGAGCCGCGCAGGACUAUCCCGUGCACGAGUGUGUUUUUAAGGGAGAUGUGCGGAGACUGUCCUCUCUUAUUCGAACGCAGAAUAUCGCUCAGAAAGAUGUCCAUGGAAACACACCCUUACAUCUCGCUGUCAUGAUGGGACACAAAGAGUGUGCCCAUCUCCUGCUGGCCCACAAUGCACCUGUGAAAGUGAAGAACGCUCAGGGAUGGAGCCCCCUGGCUGAGGCCAUCAGCUAUGGCGAUCGUCAGAUGAUCACGGCGCUGCUGAGGAAGCUGAAGCAGCAGUCCAGGGAGAGCGUGGAGGACAAGCGGCCCAAGCUGCUCACAGCUCUUAAAGAACUUGGAGACUUUUAUUUGGAGCUCCACUGGGACUUUCAAAGUUGGGUGCCUUUGCUGUCCCGAAUACUGCCAUCGGAUGCAUGCAAGAUCUACAAGCAAGGAAUUAACAUCAGGCAAGUUACAGCAACAAAUGUACCUUUAGGAAUACUUUACUGGGAGAUCGUUGCCAGCAAUUAUCAUAAAAGCUUUUAUAGCAGUAUCUUGUGGCAACCUCACAUCGUGUUUUCUUUUAUCUUUGCUUUUUUACUACCUCUGUCCUCACCUUCUUUAGUGAACCAGAGUGUGAAAUCUGCACAGGCACUUUGCAAUGGCAGUUAUUUAAAAAUAGAAUAGGCUACAUCCAGGUUGAAAAGUUUAAAUGUUUUAUUAAAGAAUCAGAAUCUGAUACCUGCACUACUUUAUAAUGAAAGAAUUAUGCCCAGCACAACAAUUGGUUUACAAUCAAUAAAUCACAAUAAUGUUUCAAAUUUUGUUUAAAAAGCCUAUAUUACGCUGUUUUGUGAGCUAUGUUCUAAUGUCAUUUCCUCAUCAAAAACAUACCAGGUGUUUUGUUUCAUUUACCGGUACACAUUUUUAACACAUAAAUCUCUCAUAUUUAUGCAGUGUUUUUCUCUCAAAAUGAAAACAUUCCCAUCUUGUGAUGGCAUGUGAUAAUACAGGAAGUGUAUUUGUGUUUUUAAACUCCACACACCUUCACUAGAAUCAUUUUGCUCAUUUUGACCCAGGAAUUGCCAAUCUCUACUAAACAAAAGGUUAAAUGUAGCUGCUAAUUUGAAAACUCACAAGGUGAAACAGAGCAUUUUUAGCUUUGGAAAUGUGGACAGACUAAUAAUAAAAGAUUUCUCAAACAUGUGUGAAUGAAACUAAACACAACUCUGGGUUGUGUUUAGUUCUAACAUGGCUUAAAGCUCAUAAGACAGAAUUUUAGGACCUUUAAUCUGUAUUGU